AUGUCUGCUGCUGUUACGAUAUCACCACUCUUUACACCCAUUACGAUUGGGGCAAAACAACAUAUUAUUCUCCCCAACCGUUUUCUCAUGUUACCCAUGUAUUUAAAUAUCGAACAGGAACUUCCCAUGUGGAGUGAUGCUCACAUGAAUGCAAUGGGAGCCUUUUACGCAGAGCGGGCUCGAUAUGGAGCUAAACUAAUUAUAUGUGGUGGUUUGGGAGUUUCUCAUCUUGGUAAGUGGCGUAAAGACAGUAUGGCUUUAAAUACAAAAGAUACCGUCAAAGCCUUUAAACGAGUAACAGAUGCCGUUCAUGCAGAAGAUGGUAUUAUUUUAGCACAAGCCUUUCAUCCAGGACGUGCAGCACGAAGACGUUGGUUUAUUUCUUCCACCUCUACACCUUCAUCUGUACAACCUUUUCCGAAUGCACAUCCAUGGAAGUUACCAGCCUUGUGGGUGGAUUAUAUUGUUUCUGAACAUGAACGGUUUGCACGAUUGGCAGAAGCGGCUGGAUUUGAUGGAAUGGAAAUUCCUGUGAGUGAGGGAGGGUUAUUGCAUAAUUUUCUCUCUUCUGCAGUAAAUGAUCGUCAUGAUAGAUUUGGUGGUUCUCUAGAUCAUCGAUUAGAAAUCAUAUUACGUGUAUUAGAUUCUAUUCGUAAAUCUUUAAUAAAUCCGGAACGAUUUUUACUCUCUGUUCGACUUUGUGUACAUGAUCUUAAAGUGGGUGGUACACCUAUGGAAGAAACCCUUACAGUAGCGGAAGUUCUUUCACGUUUUGGUGGUGUGGAUUUAUUAAAUACAAGUGUAGGGAUGCAUGAUUCCCCUAUACAAACAAUGGCAUCUUAUGUACCUCAAGCAGCCUUUGCUCGUAGUGUUCAUUGUGUACGAGAACGAUUACAAUCAUUAAAUUUAAAUCUUCCUAUUGUGGCUACACAUCGUAUACAUUCUAUAGCAGUGGCGGAAAAACUUUUACGUGAAGGUGUAUGUGAUUUAGUUGGAAUUGGUCGUCCUUUAUUAGCAGAUGCUCAAAUGAUUCAAAAAGCUGCAGAAGGACAUGAAGAAGCUAUUAUUCCAUGUAUAGCUUGUAAUCAAUGUGUUAAUCGAUUAUAUAAACAUCAAAGGAUUACAUGUGCAGUUAAUCCAGUGAGUGGAUAUGAAUGUGAACGACGAUGGUUACCGGCAAAAUAUAAAAAAUCUAUUGCAGUCAUUGGUGCUGGUCCUGCAGGGAUAACAUGUGCGUUAACCUUAUGGAGACGUGGUCAUGAUGUUUCCUUAUUUGAGAAAUCCAAUACGAUUGGUGGUCAAUUAAAUCUUGCUAAAGUGAUACCAGGAAAGGAAUCUUAUCAAGAUAUAUUACAGUAUUGGAUACAACAAUUACGUCAAUCUACUAUUAAUAUACGAGUUGGAGCGGAAUUUACACGUGAGGAUAUGGCGAAAAAUCAUCAAUUCUUUCAUGCGUUGGUUCUUUGCUGUGGUAGUGUACCAAGACCAGCCACAUCUCAUCAAAUCCCAGGAACAUCGGAAUCUCCAUUAGUUGUACCAUUUGAAAAGAUAUUAAAUGGUAGUGUUCGUGCGGGUCGUCGUGUCGUAAUAAUUGGCAAUGGAGCUAUUUCACAUGAUGUGGCUUCUUAUUUAUUACAUGAUCAACGAGUUUCACGCAGUGUAGAGGCUUAUUGUGAUGAAUGGGGAGUAGAUCUUGAAAAGGGUGUGAUUAACCCAUAUGCUGCAGAGAGUGCCCCUCGUAAUAAUCGUGAUGUGAUUAUUUUUAAUAAAGCCGAUAAGGAUGCGGAUCUCUCACGUGGUAAAGGAUGGACACAGAAAUUAUGGAUUCGUAAUCAUGGUGGGACGAUUAUUAAACAUGGAUUAGUAGAAAACAUUGAUCAAAAGGGUGUACAUGUUUCUAUGCUUGCCCCAGAUUCCCGUAAAUUCUUUGUAGAGUGUGAUACCAUUAUCUGGGCGUAUGGAAUGUUGCCUAAUAUUUCGGUUGGGACUUGGAUUUAUGAAUGGAUGAAAGACGGGGCGAAGGAACGGGGGGAAAUGAUUUCAGACUUUAGUAUCUACACAGCGGGAUCUUGUCGGGAUAGUUACACCGGGGAGGGACACGGGGAGGAGGAUCUCUUACAGGCUGUUCAUGAGGGAUAUGAGAUUGGAUAUAAGAUAUAA